GACCGCGGCUAGGGCUGGACGGCGUCUGCAGCUGAGGCGUAGCAGCCCUGUGCCUGCCGCCGUAGGGCGCCAGCGGUGCCCCUUGAGCCCCACUGGUGGCGAAGGCCGGCUGAGCGGACCGUCCCAGCUACUCUGAAACCGAAAGCGGCUCAGGACGGCGGGCCGGAGGCGACCUGGGACACCCGCGCUCGGUCCCCGGCCCCUAUGAGAGACUUUGCAAGCAGAAUUCGUUAAAGCGAGCUUAAUGCCAGGGACGCAAACUUGCACCGGUGCUAUAGCGCGUGCUUGUUUGGAGACAGCACCCGACUUUCCAGAAGGAGCAAGAGAGUGUCCGUGACAGUGAGAACAGCUAGCCCUGCAAGCCACAGGCCUGGCAGCCAAACCAAACGUGUUUCCCAAAAUGAGCUUCAGGGAGUCGUGGUGCCCAAGCAGCUUCUACUGGCAAAACAUUGCUGUCACUUGCCAGCUUCUGGCGAACUAGGUGUUUAUAUUUGAUAAUGCACUCACUGCACUCCCUCAAAAGGAGGAGGAUUAUGCAGUGAUAGACUUCCUUUUACCCAGCCACAUUCACAAGCACCCUCUAAAGGCUGUGUGCAUGUUUGACAGAGGCUUCAGCCUGCCUUCUGCUGUAAGAUUAGGAGGAACCUCGAAAGCUGUCCUGAAGGCACCCAGCCUGAGAGGCCAGGCGAAGCCCAAGUGUGUGCUUCCUCAGUAGAGAAGCCUGGAAGAGAAGUAUGAUCCCAGAAUGGCACAAUCAGAGGAAAAAGGGGGUGUCCCCUGUGCCUUCAUCCGACAGAAUUCCAGCAACUCCAUUUCCUUGGACUUUGAACCUGACACAGACUACCAAUUUGUGGAGCCUCUGGAAGACCGCUACAGAUGUGCCUUCUGCCACUCAGUGCUUCACAACCCCCACCAGACGGGCUGCGGGCACCGUUUCUGCCAGCACUGCAUCCUGUCUCUGAGAGAACUGAACGCAGUGCCGAUCUGCCCUGUAGACAAGGAGGUCAUCAAGCCCCAGGAGGUGUUCAAAGACAACUGCUGCAAAAGAGAGGUCCUCAAUUUAUAUGUCUACUGCAAAAACGCCCCCGGGUGCAGUGCCAGGAUCAUUCUGGGACGGUUCCAGGACCAUCUUCAGCACUGCUCCUUCCAAACUAUGCCCUGCCCCAAUGAGAGCUGCCGUGAAGCCAUGCUCCGGAAAGACGUGAAGGAGCAUCUGAGCGCGUACUGCCGGUUCCGAGAGGAGAAGUGCUUUUACUGCAAAAGAGACGUGGUGGUCACCAACUUGCAGGAUCAUGAGGAAAACGUGUGUCCUGCGUACCCAGUGUCUUGUCCCAACAAGUGUCUGCGGACUAUUCCGAGAACCGAGGUGAAUGAACACCUUACUGUGUGUCCUGAGGCUGAACAAGACUGUCCCUUUAAGCACUACGGCUGUACUGUCAAGGGCAAGAGGGGGAAUUUGCAGGAACAUGAGCAGGCAGCCCUGCGGGACCACAUGCUUCUAGUUUUAGAGAAGAACUUCCAACUAGAACAGCAGAUCUCUGAAUUAUAUCAGAGUCUCAAACAGAAAGAAAGCAAGAUCCAGCAGCUGGCAGACACCGUGAAGAAGUUCGAAAAGGAGUUUAAGCAGUUCACACAGAUGUUUGGUAGAAAUGGAAGUUUCCUCUCAAACGUCCAGACUCUGACGAGUCACAUUGACAAGUCGGCGUGGCUGGAGGCUCAGGUGCGGCAGCUGCUACAAAUAGUCAACCAGCAGCAAAACAGACCUGACCUGCGGUCUCUGGUGGAGGCCAUCGACAGCGUGAAGCAGAAGAUUAGCCUGCUGGAAGCCAGUGACCAGAGAUUAGUUGUUCUAGAGGGGGAGACCAGCAAGCAUGACGCACACAUUAAUAUCCACAAGGCACAGCUGAAUAAGAACGAAGAAAGAUUUAAGCUGCUGGAGGGCGCCUGCUACAGUGGCAAGCUCAUCUGGAAGGUGACAGAUUACAAGGUGAAGAAGAGGGAGGCCAUGGAGGGACACACAGUAUCAGUCUUCAGCCAGCCCUUCUACACCAGCCGCUGUGGCUACCGGCUCUGUGCCAGAGCGUACCUGAACGGGGAUGGGUCUGGGAAGGGGACUCACUUGUCCCUGUACUUUGUGGUGAUGAGGGGUGAGUUUGACUCACUGUUACAGUGGCCAUUCAGGCAGAGGGUGACCCUGAUGCUUUUGGACCAGAGUGGCAAGAAGAACCACAUUGUGGAGACCUUCAGAGCUGACCCCAACAGCAGCAGCUUCCGACGGCCAGAUGGCGAGAUGAACAUCGCCUCUGGCUGUCCCCGCUUUGUGUCACACUCCACUCUGGAGAAUUCCAAGAACACCUACAUCAAAGACGACACCCUGUUCUUGAAAGUGGCCGUGGAUUUAACUGACUUGGAGGAUCUAUAAUGUUAACCGAAAAGAAGCACAGGGGGCAGACGGCAUUGUUGAAGCCCGAACCUCUAGACUAAAUGUGCUUUUGGUUUUGGCCUUUUGCCUUUAAGGUCUGAGUGUUAUCUUUUUCUCCUGGAUCCUGCCCCAGUCUGAAACUUAAAACUCUUAGACUAUUGCUGUUAUUUAUAUUUUUAUAUCUUCUGAAAAUUAUAAUGAUCUUGACAGUAA